UUUUUUUUUUAUUUUAACCAAUAGCUUAUUCUCUAAGCAAUGACAGCUUAUUCUCUAAUCGAAAUUCAAUAGUUCAAAAAAAAAUUCUAAUGUGUCGUCUAUUUCACAAGUCAGCGCGAACGCGCUAUGUGUGACUUACUAUCGAAAUUAUUUUUUUUGACUAAUUCAUAUACGUUAAAUCAUCUCUGUGUAUUCCUUAGAUUAAACUAAAUGUAUUAAAUUGUAUACGAGUACGAAAAUAAUUUGUUAAGAAACAAUUUCGACCUGGUAUUGAGUCGAUUCAUUAUUCCAUUGAUUUUAAAAAUAGUAUAUUGUGUGACAAGAGAUGAAACAAGGCAAUUUCAGACUAGGGUGAAGUUGGUUGCCCAAGCCGUAGGCGAGGGCUGACAUUACCCGCAGUCUGAAAUCGUGUUUCAUCCUGAGUCACACACCAUAUUUUUUAGUUUGAUUAAAGUUUUUAAGAUGACUAGAGGGAAAGUAAUAUAACUGUUGAUUUCCUAGUUAAUUUUUAAAUUAAAAACUGUUCGUUAAAAAGUAUAAAUGGUAUCUUCUCAUUAUGUUGGUACCACUGUGAAUUGCUUGCCACUUAGUCUUAUGAAAUAGUAUUUUUUUAACCUUCGGGUAUAUAAUACUAAAUAUGACGAAAUCGAGAUUUUCAUUUUCAGGCGAGUAUAGAGCAUAGUCUCAGAGCUUCGCGCUCAAGGCAUGCAAUAAUCCUCAGUUGUGGAAUAUAAUAGUUCUGAAAUAAGUUUCUUACCAGGGACACCGUUUUUAUUAAGCGCGAUCUUGCGGUGAGCGCCGAUCCUCUCGGCUGAAGAGAAAGGUCCGUAUACAUUCUGAAGUUCAUUGAUUUUUGCAACAAUUUUUUGGAUACUUUAGGCCAAGAAUCACGAAAAUCUAGUGCAUUUUACACUUACCACUUGAUUUCUCACUUACAUGAUUGAAGAGUGGAAGUCGUAAAAUCGAAAGUAUUUACUUCAGCUUUCGUGUUAACAGAGUUAAAGGUAAUGACGAAAUCACGCUGGAAUCAGCCUUUUUAAUACCAUCAGGCAGUUUUCGAAUAUCAAACUUCCGCAGUGAUUAUUACAAAAAAUAUAAAAAAAUAUUAUUGAUCCAUAAGUAAAAUAAAUUUAAUGAGCUUUUUAUUCUAAUUACUAUAAUUUCAAAUUUAUGUAGCUUCUAAAUAAUUAAUUCUUUGACAUUUUUUUCAGUAUAAAAAUUUUUUUCUGGCAAAAAAACCGCCACGUAUGUGAAAUUAUUUUUUUUAUAGUUUUAAUGUUGACGGUACUGAAAUCGAUCAUUCAUUGGCCCACUUAAGCAUAAAGGUAAUUAACUUUAUUACUUAUCGAAACACAUUUAAUAGAAUUUCAAGGAAUUACUAACAAAAAAUAAGUUUUAAAAUCGCAUUGACGUUGUUCGGAAUUAAAUAUCAAAUUAUUAAUUACUAACUGGAUUUUUAGAAAUACUUUAUUUAUAUUUAAUUAUGAAUAAUACCGGUUUAUUUGAUGGUAAUCAAAUUUCUCAUGUGAAAUUUAUUAUUAUCAAAUUUAUUGAAUACAUAUUGUUAUGGACUAUUGUAGGAUUACAUUUAUAUUCAGUAUUUCCUACUGAUGUUUGGUCAUGGAUGUUUUUAGAUAUCGGAUCGGAAAUAGGAUAUUUCAUUAUAAUAUCUGUUCUAUUCCUUAGUGGAAUAUUUAAAAUUCGUAUAAAUCGAAUUAUUCAUGGAUUUUUCAAUUUAAUUGGAUUUGUAUUGUUUAUUGUAUCUGGAAUAAGAAUUAUUUAUGUUUUCAAAAAUAAAAAUAUCAAAGUUAUACAAGAUCUUACAACAUCCUUUCCUGGUUCUCACUUUGAAGACUUAGAACAUGCAAUCAUACGAGAAUAUGUACGAGGAUCAUUGAACAUCGUUGAAGGUCUUAUUUUACUAAUUGAUUCAAUUCUUUCUUUAAAAAAAAUUGUGUGAUUAUUAAUUAAACAAAUAAACAUUUAUCAAUUAAUAACAAA